AUGUCCAACAGCAGCUCCAUCAGCCACUUCCUCCUGCUGGCAUUGGCAGACAUGCGGCAGCUGCAGCUCCUGCACUUCUGCCUCUUGCUGGGCAUCUCCCUGGCUGCCCUCCUGGGCAACGGCCUCAUCAUCAGCGCCGUAGCCUGCGGCCACCACCUGCACACGCCCAUGUUCUUCUUCCUGCUCAACCUGGCCCUCACUGACCUGGGCCUCAUCUAUACCAUUGUCCCCAAAGCCAUGCACAAUUCCCUCUGGGACACCAGCAACAUCUCCUACUCAGGAUGUGCUGCACAGGUAUUUUUCUUUGCCUUUUUCAUUGCAUCAGAAUUUGCAUUUCUCACCAUCAUGUGCUACGACCGCUACGUGUCCAUCUGCAAACCCCUGCACUACGGGAGCCUCCUGGGCAGCAGAGCUUGUGCCCACAUGGCAGCAGCUGCCUGGGCCUGUGGCUUUCUCAAUGCUCUGCUGCACACGGCCAAUACAUUUUCCCUGCCCCUUUGCCAUGGCAAUGCCCUGGGCCAGUUCUUCUGUGAAGUCUCACACAUCCUCAAACUCUCCUGCACACACUCCAGCUACAGGGAAGUUGGGCUUCUUGUGGUCACUUUCUGUUUAGGCUUUGGUUGUUUUGUGUUCAUUGUUUUCUCCUAUGUGCAGAUCUUCAGGGCCGUGCUGAGGAUCCCCUCUGAGCAGGGCCGGCACAAAGCCUUUUCCACCUGCCUCCCUCACCUGGCCGUGCUCUCCCUGUUCCUCAGCACUGACACGUUUGUUUACCUGAAGCCCUCUUCCAUCUCCUCCCCAUCCCUGGAUCUGGCCCUGUCAGUUCUGUACUCGGUGGUGCCUCCAGCCCUGAACCCCCUCAUCUACAGCCUGAGGAACCAGGAGCUCAAGGAAUCUCUCAGGAAAGCCAUGUCUGUGUGCUCUUCAGCCUUUUCAUUGUCCCAUAACAACCCUCACAGCUUUGCACUGAGAGCCACACAACAGCUGGAAACACACCCCUGGUUUGGCUCCUGCUGCCUCUCAGCAUUCUCCCUCCAUCAAGGGGCUGCGACUGAGCAAAAGUUUUUCUCCGCUCCCUUGGAGCAUGAGCAGGCAGAGCUGCCUUCCCCCCCCGCUCUUUCUCUUGGGGGGGAUGGGGAGCCGGCCCUGCCCACUUCGCCGUGGAAUUCUCCGCUCCCCCCACUCCGGGGGGACGUGGGUCCACCUCAGCCGGCCCCACGGGAGGCGCUGGACCCCGCGGCUCCGCCCACGAUCCUGCCGUUCGGGCUGGCUCCGCCGGCUCUGAUGGCUGCGCCUGCGCUGCAGUGUCCGGACCUAGAAGGAGACUUGGCCGCUGCGCCCAGCCCGGCGGGGGAUGCGCCCCCGCGGCCCGUGCCAGUCCCGCUGCUCCCUGCCAACCCAAUUGCAGUGAAAGAGCAUGCCAAGAAUGGUGCUGAGCCCAUGGGACCGUCUCAAGAGCCGACACCAGCGCCUGUGCUGCCCGCACCACCCACCCCAGUUGUCCCGCUGCCUUCCAGAGCUCCGACCUUCGCAUCAGACCCUGUGAACAGUCUGUCCCUCCGUGGAGAAGGCACGGCCCGCCAGCUCACCGCAGGAGCAGUUCGGCUGGCUGUGUUCAAAAUCAGUGUGGUUUCUGGGCCAUUUCGCGUGUGGUCGGGGGCUUCUCCCUAG